AGGUAUCUAAUGAGCCAUAACUACACCGGCUUCCCCACUCCUUUAAGCGCACAGAUCAGGGGCGCAUAGAGGCGCCCUGUGUAGUGAGACCAGUGAAUGUGCUAAAGACAAUAAAUGAGUCACACGGUUAGUAUCACUCAAAAUGUCUACCCGUUGGUAUCCCAUUUAUCAAAAAGGCAAUCCACAACUCAGAAUAUUUUUACCGAAUUUUUGGCUGAAACUGGUAAAACCUGAGGUGAACCAGCCUGGAUGUGUUGUUCAAUUUCAUUGUUCAAUGGAAAUGACAAAACAUGACAUAACCAACUACUUGACCAAGAUUUACAACUUACCUGUAGUUCAUGUACGAACUAGAAUAGCUAUGGGUGAAUUUAAGAAAGAGCCCUUCAAGGGUUACAUUCACAAAGACGAUGAUUUCAAGAUCGCCUACGUUACCCUGCCCAAGGACCACAAAUUCGUAUUCCCAACCUUGUUCACAAAUGAUAUGGAAGACGAUCCUCUCAAAGAUGGUGAAAAAUCUUUACGUGAACUAAAAUCAUCAUUCAAGAGCUACCUAGAUCGAAAUAAGGAAAGACCUGGGGUACCUAAUUGGUUUACAAUUUGAAUGAGUCAGCAUUGUUCCAGUUUUAUAUCUCACAAAGUCCCAUACUCUAAACAAAAACAUGGUUAACAAUCAUUGAUAUCAUUAAGUCUGGUUUGCUUCUCCAUAUUGAUUACAGAGCCUUAUUAAUGGAUGAUGACAAAAAAAAUAAAGUAUUCAGACAAGGUGAA